AUGAAUAUAUGCCUAACAAAAGUUAGGACUUCUUCAUAUUUGAUCAAACAAAGAAAAUGUUACUCGAUUGGCCAAUCCGCUUUAGCAUAAUUAAUGGAAUCGCUCGAUGAUUAUUAUAUCUCCAUCAAGAUUCUCAAUUAAGAUUAAUCCAUAGAGAUCUCAAAGCUAGCAAUGUUUUGCUUGAUAUUGAUUUAAACCCAAAGAUAUCAGACUUUGGUUUGGCUAGGAGCAUGGGAGGAAUUGCAACCAAAGAUAACACAAAACGAGUUGCUGGAACACAUGGGUAUAUGUCUCCAGAAUAUGCAGGGCAUGGGAUCUUUUCAAUUAAAUCAGAUGUGUUUAGCUUUGGCAUUUCAAUACUUGAGAUAAUUAGCGGUAGGAGAAAUAGUGAGUUUAUCAAUGAAGAUCAAUAUGAGACUCUUCCCAGACAUACAUGGAAGCUUUAUAUAGAAGGAAAAUCAAUUGUGCUAGCUGACGAGCAUAUAGUUGAUUCAUAUGAUGUAGCUCAAGUUCUAAGGUCAAUCCAUGUCGGCCUUCUAUGUGUGCAACAACGCCCAGAGGAUAGACCAAACAUGUCUUCUGUAGUUCAUAUGUUGAUAAAUGAUGUUGCAUUGCCUCAAGCUAAAGAGCUUGGCUUCUUUGUUGGCAAGGAAUAUGCUUCAGGUACACCUGCAAAUCUUCCCAGAAUGAGGUUACAAUCACAUCACUAAAUCCUCGUUGAAUGUAUAACUUAAAGAUGUAUAUAUACUUAUAAACAUGACAAAAACUACUAUAUACAUAGCAUAUAUGUCUACAAAUAGUAUUAGCCACAACACACUGCAAUGUGUACCAUGAUAUGCAAUCGCAAU